AAAAGCUGAACAUUUGUUUAAAAAUUAGAGACUCUUGCAAUUUGGCAAUAUCUUUGUACAUAGACAUGAUCCAAAAGCCUAACAAGGCUGUUUGAAGAAAGGUGUCGAUAAUUUCCGAACCGAAAAACUUUUAACUAAUUUAACAACAUGGUACAUUAAUCAUAAUAAAAAUUAUAACAAAUGCCCCAUAAGAAAUUCACGCAUUCGGUUCAGUAGGCAUUACAUCAUACAAUUAACUAUUUCAUUAUAUCAUGCAAUUAUUUUUCAUUACAUAAGCAAUUUGUUUAUCAACAACUUUUUCACGUAUUACAAACCUGAGAAAAAAUGAGGUACAACCAACGAUCAAUACAUAUAUUCCUAACAAUUUCUUUAUGAUUUAUAGUAAAACGAAAUUUUUAUUUGUCAUAAUUCACAUUUAUUCGACACCUGACAUGUAACACUAACCGGAUGUCCGAAAAACGAUAUAUACGAUAUACGAUAUAAUAAUGAUAAUCACAAAACUCGCUUCUCAUUUUUCAGUUCCUAAACGAAAGAUAUUGGACGAAACAUUCUUAAACAUAAAUUGUUCAACCUGUUCCGAUAUACAAUAAUAACUUAUUAAUUUCAUUAUUCGUAUCGAAUUAUUUCUCAUACAACAAUCAUCUUUGAAACAAGUCUAGACAAUCGAAAGGUUUGUUACAAAAGAAAAUUUGGCUGUUAUUCCGACGCAUCGUAUCACAACUUCUGAUCUGUUACGAUUCGUUAUAACAAUUACAAUACCAAUAAAAUCCAACAACGAAUAUACACGUAGGUAUAUAUUAAGAAAUGUAAUUAUGUGUAUUCUAAUUUUUUUCUUUUCUUUUAGGAAAUGUCCAUAAAUUUAUCGAGAUUCCAAGGAUCAAAUUAACCCAUUAACGCCCAACAAGUUCGAAUUCUUUGCUCAUUUUCCAGUCUCAUUCUCGGAAAGAAUCACGAAGCAUAUUUUUACCAAAACAAUGAUUCUUACUAUUUUUGGGUGUGCUCUUUCGAAUUCCGAGGUCAAAAUUGAGCCUCCGUGCCUCAGAAACAAAAUAUGGCGUAUUAAAAGUAAAAAAACACCAAAAAAUUGAAGACUUUUUUUCUAAAUGUUUUUUCUUGUACAGAAAAAGGGUUGAAAUCCACUUCUAACUUCAACUAUCGGUGCAUAAAAUAGUUGAACUUUAACGACGAAUUUUUUUUGUUUUUCGAAAAAUCGCGUGAUUGUCCUAAAAUGACGUUUAUAUGAGGAAAUGUUCGAAAAAUACUGAUUUAUUGUAAAUAAUCUAAUAAAGUUCGAAAUAUCGAGGUUUCUGACACUUGAAACGUUACCAAUUGUUGAGCUCAUUACCGUAGAUCAUGUUUCAACGUAAUUUGUAACUUCAAAGAUGGCAGAUCCAAGAUGGCCGCCAAAAUAUUUCAAAAAUAAUCAGUUUUUCUGUUAUUACUCGCUUCUGGAACUUCAAUUCGGUAUAAUUCAUACUAUUUUAGAUGUUUUGACAUUGCUGAUUACGAAUAUCAAGUUAGAUUUGCAAAAUCAGUUUGUUUAAAUAAAAUUGUUUAAACAAUUUACUGCAAAAUUGUAUUUUUUCUAAACUUUUAUGCCAAAAUCUUAUUCUACGGAAAAAAUUACGUCGGAAAUAUGCUCUAGUUCUGCCAAUAUAUUUUCGAUAAAGCUGUAAAGUGACGAGAAAUAGCGGAGAAAAAAGUGUUCAUACUUCCAUGUGAUACGCCAAGAGGUUUCGUCCGUUAGCCGUUAAUGUUUAACGUUACCCAACUCUAACCACGUGGAGAUGGACGUUUUAGAGUUUCUUUAUUUUUUUGUUUUUAUUUUUCUCAAUUUUCUAAUUUGAAAAGAUUUCUUGUUAUUGAGACACACCACGCGUAGAGAAGGUGUUUAUAAGUUCGUUGCGAGGAGUAUCAUCACAUGCCCCAAGUGGUCGAACUGGGCACCUAUUAUGAAAGUCUCAACGAUUCCGUUCGGAAACGUGCGUUUCCGACAACUGAGUUUUCGAUUCCGAUUUCGUUUGUGUCAUAGAACUAUUACACAUCUCGUCGAAAUCGGAACGAAAUUGGCUUUCCGCACGUUUCAUUAGAUACUAUAUGAAAAUAAAUGAGACGAGAGGAACGGACGAAUUGGACGGUUUGAACGAAUCAGAGUACAAGAAAAGAAUCUAGAUUUGAAAUGCAUAUACCGGCACAAUGGGAGACAGCAUAAGAAAGAAGACCACAACGGAACAGCGACUUAUUAUGUUGCAUUUUAUGGAAGAGCAUCGAGACCUAGCUCAAAAUCGAAUACAAGGCCCAAACGGAAAGAAACAAGUAGCUCUUUUAUGGGAACAGCUUGCAACAAAGUUAAAUAGCUGUGUUAGUGGAAGCACUAAAUCUAUCGAUAAGUGGAUAAAGUCAUGGAGAGAUUGGCGCACAAAUACAAAGGCAAAAGCAGCAAAAAAUAGAAAUUAUUGUCGAGGCACUGGAGGAGGCGGUCCUAGUCCUGCUCCUCUUCUUGAAAUAGAAGAAAGAUUAAUUUCUUUAAUAGGCGUGGAAUCAGUUACUGGACACUCUAAUGUGAUAGAUCCUGCAGAGAUAUUGACGUUCAAAUUUUCCAUGAAAUGAAGGCCCAAACAACCGUACUAAAUAAAAUAAGCGAGGCAAUAUCUGAUAUUGCUACUUCUAUAAGGAACUUUACAAAUCUAACUUCCGUGGCAGAUACAAACGAAGAUAUGGAAAUGUAUUCUACGGAAGAUCAAUAACAACAUAAAUAUAUAAAUGUUGUUCAUGAUAUUCUUUUCUACUUAUGCCAGAGAGAGAGAGAAAGUGAAAGACAGCCACAGACAAGGAGAGAACAUGAAGUGCCUAACUCCGAUACGCAUCCAUAAACGCGUUAAUCGUUAGGCAGCAUCGCCCACAAGGCCGCGUGUACACAGUGUCUUCUGGUUGGCGUACACUCCGAGAGUCAUUAAUAUUCAAGAGAUACUAGUUCAGAUUUUAGUUACACUCAGCCAUAUCUAAUAUGUAUGCAUAUUUAUUUUUUAAAUAUACUGUUUUAGA